AUGGCGGACGACCAUGACAACGAUCACACCUCAGAUCUAGAAGAAAGAACGCUUUACAAAAACGUGGGCACAACACCAAAGGAUACUCCUCAGGUCAAUGAUAAAAACUCCCCAAACAAGGGAGACCUGGAGGCAUUCCAAAGUUGGUUAAAGCAACUCGAGGAAGACGCUCUACGUCAACGAGAGGCCGAAAAGGAUCUACAAAGAGAAAUAAGACGAGGCCGGGAAUCGGAGAACAAACUCUCAAAAGUUGAGGCUGAUGUCAAGACUAAAGCCAGCCAUCCCACCCCCGAAGAUAGCACCCGCAAGGAACAAGAUCCAUUCACCAGGGAGAUCAUGAAAACAAGAAUCCCAAAAGACUUCAAACUCCCAGACAUGACCUUGUACGACGGCACGACGGAUCCCACCCAUCAUCUCAAAAAGCUCGUACGAGAAGGAAGGUUAGAUCAAUAUCUGGCCACCCACGAAGAUGAACAAAGGAAAAGAAGAAAAGCAGAGGAUGUCGGACCCACUAUGCGAUCAUCCCAGACACCAGAAAGACACGUCCACAUGAUACACGACAGAUUGGCUGGAGGAGAAAUCUCUAAGUCAUCCCGCGAAAGACAUCUCAAAGACAUAUAUCACGUUGCGGAAAAGAAGGAAGCAUCCGACAUCCCGGCGAUCACUUUUACCAAAGAAGACGCAUCCAGCAUCACAUCAGGACAUGACGAUCCCAUGGUCAUCACAAUCAUACUGGCAAAUGCAAAUCUCCAUCGCACACUGAUAGACCAAGGGAGCUCUGCCGAUAUCCUAUUCAAAACCUCCUUCGACAAACUCGGCUUGGAAGAAAAGGAACUCAGAGCAUAUUCGGACAGCCUGUUCGGAUUAGGAAAUACCCCGGUUCAACCAAUGGGAUACAUUCCGCUCCACACAACUUUUGGAAAGGGAAGUCAGUCAAGAACACUCAAAAUAGACUACAUCGUCGUUGACAUAAGCUCAGCCUAUAAUGCUCUAAUAGGUCGGACAAUGUUCAAUUAA